GGUUUCGCUAUUACAAAUUCUUUUUUAAAAUGUUUAAAAAUUCGAUUAAAUUAGUAAAAAACACCAAAAAUAUUAUAUAUAGCAGCAAAGCUAAUAUACAAACCACAGGGUGUUUAAAAGAAAAGUGGGACCUGUUAACAGCAGUGCUUGUAGAAAGAAAGCCUGUCAUAGCACCAGAGUUAACUGACUUAGAAAAGGAAUUCAAAGACUACAUUGCUGCCGUAGAAUAUGAAAGAAGCUUAAGAAAUGAGACUGAAAUUAAUUUAGAACGUGAAAAGAACGCGGCAUCAAACAAAAAAGAACUCGAGGAACUUGAAGUGAUUGUCAAAAAUACCACGCAAGAUUUAAUAGAUGCCUGGAAGGAAGAAUUUAUUAAGUUUAAACCUGCUGAUAAAUUUACAGAUUCGGAUAAAUCAGGCAAUGUUAAAACAGUGAACAGAAAACUAGACAAACAUUUAGUUUGUGUGAUAAAGGAAAAAAUUGGGAAUAAAGAUAUGUAUGUGCUUCCUCAGGCCAAAAGGGAAGAAGGUGAAACCCUUAGGCAAUGUGCUGAUAGAGUAUUACAAGAGAAAUGUGGAAAAGACUUAAAGGCUCAUAUUUUUGGAAAUGCACCUUGUGGAUUUUAUAAAUAUAAGUAUCCAAAGGCUGUGAGGAGUGAGGAUAGUGUUGGGGCAAAAAUUUUUAUUUACUUUGCAAGAUAUAAAUCAGGAGAAAUUAACCAAAAAGAUGCAGAUUUUAAAUGGUUGGAUAAAACAGAGUUGAAGGAUGUCCUACCAGCAAAUUACAAAAAGAGUGUUUUACCCAUUUUGUUUGAUUAAAAAAUAGUGUACAUAUUUAGGUAGAUAGCUAAAUAAAUUGCCAUAAAUAUUUAAACAA